AUGCCCGCCAAAACAGCAACAGCCCGGCCCGCCGGCGCGCGCGCAAGAGGUCCAGGUCCUCAAGAAACCAAAGAGACCAAAGAGAUCAAAGAGACUAAAGAGGCUAGAGAAGGCCAUGCACGCGGUCACGCGCGUCAAUCUUCUGACAGUGCACGCAGACGAUCGCGCCGGUCGUUCCUGCGCGGAUUCAAGAAUCAGGUCGCUGAGCAUACUUGGCUCGUUCCGCUGGUUCUGGUUCUGGCUAUUUUGUCUCUGUACGCUAUCAAUCCGUCUGAGUCGAAUGUUAUUCACCAUUUCAUUUUCCUUUCUUACAAGUUGUCCGAGGGCGGCAAAGAGGGAAUUCCUCAGUAUGGAAAGGGUCUUUGGGAUAUCGCAUUCGUGACCUUUUAUACGAUCGUGCUCUCUUUUACCCGUGAAUUCAUCAUGCAGGAACUUCUGCGGCCUUUGGCGAAGUUCGCCGGUAUUAAGUCCCGUGGCAAGCAGAUGAGGUUCAUGGAGCAGAUGUAUACGGCUAUCUACUUUGGGAUGACGGGGCCUGCUGGGCUUUACGUUAUGUCGCGGAGUCCUGUGUGGUAUUUCAAGACGAGUGCGAUGUAUGAGGGGUUCCCUCAUAGGACGCAUGAGGCAGCUUUCAAGUUCUAUUACUUGUUUGAGGCGGCUUAUUGGGCGCAGCAGGCUAUUGUUAUGCUGUUGGGACAGGAGAAGAGGAGGAAGGAUUUUAAGGAGCUUGUUGCUCAUCAUAUUGUGACUUUGAGUCUCAUUGCUUUGAGCUAUAGGUUUCAUUUCACAUAUAUUGGUAUUGCGAUCUAUAUUACCCAUGAUAUCAGUGAUUUCUUCCUCGCUAUGUCCAAGUCAUUCCACUAUAUUGAUUCGGAUCUGAUCAUCCCCUUCUAUGCCCUUUCGGUGGUGUCGUGGAUUUAUCUGCGUCAUUAUUUGAACUUGGGUAUUCUCUGGUCUAUUUUGACUGAGUUCAAGACUGUUGGUCCUUACGAGUUGAAUUGGGAGACGCAACAGUACAAGUGCUGGAUUUCUCAGGCUAUUACUUUUGCCUUGCUGGCUUCGCUGCAAAUUCUCAAUCUCUUUUGGCUGUACUUCCUUAUGGGAAGUGCCUGGAAGUUCCUCGCUUAUGGUAUGAAGAAAGAUGAUAGGUCUGAGGCUGAACAGUCCGAGAUCGAGGAGAUGAUGCAGAAGCACCAGGCCAAGGCCAAGGCUUCUUGA